UCUGUCACUUUGCCGAUUGUCACAUUCUCCAAACAAUUCUCUCCUCUAAUUUAAGGAAAUUAUGAAUAAAAUCAUUAGAUUCCUGAAUCCAAACCAUAUUCACUUGAAAGCAUGGAGUCGACAAAUGUGCAAAAUACCCGCGGUGAAUGCUGUCAGUGCCUGGAAGCGAAAAUUCGAAGAGGAAAACAUCGACGAUUCUGACUUCGCCAUCAAAUGUAUAAUAUCUCACGUUUUGGAUGUAGAUUUUGCUUCCAUAAACAACUACAACAACUUAUUUCUCAACGACGAACAACAAGAAAAAUUCAACAAACUCUGCGAAUGCCGAAUAUCACAUAUGCCCAUCCAGUAUGUCAUAGGCAACUGGGAUUUCCGCAACAUCCGGCUUCGUAUGAUUCCUCCUGUAUUCAUCCCCCGUCCAGAAACAGAGCAAUUAGUGGAGUUCAUAGCAAAGGAUCUCAAACCAUCGGAAUCCUAUCAAAUACUGGAAGUGGGAUGCGGAUCAGGGGCAAUCACCUGCUCCCUUCUUCAAGAGCUUCCUGAAGCUUCAAUUGUUGCCUUGGAUUGCAGUCGCCUAGCGUGCAAUCUCACCAAGUUCAACGCUCGUGAAGCAGGGGUGGAUCAACGCUUGAAUGUGAUUUAUCACAAAGUGACCGAAGAACAAAUUCUGCCAGAGGAAAUCGAGAAACAAAAGUUCGAUGUAAUCGUCAGUAACCCACCGUAUGUGAAGUCUUCCGAUAUUUUGAAGCUGGCGCCGGAGAUUAAAUUAUACGAAGAUCUCAGAGCGCUCGACGGCGGUCCGGAUGGACUGAAAAUUGUUCGAAUUCUAUGUCGAAUAGCAGAAACAAAUUUGAAUAAAGACGGGAAAAUGUGGCUGGAAGUGGAUAGUUCGCAGACUCAUACUAUUCGAGAUAUCAUAGAUAAGAAAUUCGCGAGGAGCUUAGCGUUUUUAAAAUCUUAUAAAGACUUGUUUGGUAGAGAACGAUUUGUAGAAAUUGCGAGGCAAUGAUGAUUGUUCUUUGCUUUUAGAGUUAGUAAAAUUCAA